AUGAUGGAAAAAGAUUAAAUUAAAAUUAUAAAUAUAGAUGCUGUAAUAAUUGCAUAGGCUCCAAAAAUGGCUGAUUAUAUAGUUUAAAUGGAAUAAAAUAUUUCUAAUACAUUAAAGAUUGAAUCUGAUAGAAUAAGCGUAAAAGCAACAACUGAGGAUAAACUUGGAUUUACAGGUAACCAGUAAGGAAUAGCAAGUAAAGCUCUCUUUGCUUUUGUAAAACGAAAAUCACUAAUCAAUAGCAACAGAAAACUAACUUUAAACAGUAAAAAGAUAGCUAGAUUUUAAAUCUGA